CUCUAUUCACUCCCAUCUCUUACCGUCCUACUCGCCUUUAUCGAAACACAAUGUCGACCGGCCCCAACAUCGCUAUUAUCAUCUACACCCUCUACGGUCACGUCGCCAAAUUGGCCGAGGCUGAAAAGGCGGGCAUUGAGGAAGCUGGUGGCAAAGCUGACAUCUACCAGGUUCCGGAGACGCUUACCGAGGACAUCCUCACCUUGGUGAAGGCACCGCCCAAGCCGGAUUAUCCCAUCGCCACGCCGGAAACUCUGACCAAGUAUGAUGGUUUCUUGAUGGGUAUUCCAACGCGAUACGGUAACAUGCCCGUUCAGUUCAAGGCUUUCUGGGAUGCCACCGGCCCUCUCUGGGCUUCAGGCGCCCUCGCCGGGAAAUAUGCCGGAGUAUUCGUAUCAACUGCUUCUAUGGGUGGUGGACAAGAAGUCACCGCGAUGAACACUCUGUCAACUUUCGCUCAUCAUGGUAUCAUCUAUGUGCCCUUCGGUUACUACGCUGCCUUUGCGCAGAUGACCAACCUUGAGGAAGUCCACGGAGGAUCGCCAUGGGGUGCUGGAACCCUCGCUGGUGGUGAUGGCUCUCGUCAACCAUCUAAACUCGAGCUCGACGUUGCCAAAAUUCAGGGCCAGCAGUUCGCCAAGAUCCUCGGCCGCGUCAAGCGCGAUUGAUUGGAUGUCGAGAAGGAGUAGGCGGCGAUUCGUACACACGAUGGAAAGAUCGUCCACCUAUAUCGUCGGUAGAAGUAUUUAUUAAUCAAGAAACCAACUCGUCGCAACCAAAUUGCUGGCAAA